UAGUUUUCCAAACACUGGGCGUUUUUCUUCUAUGGGUGUUGCCUGCUUUGUCUUGGAGUUUCACCGGCUCGCCUCAGAAUAAGCCUGAUCAUUUCUGUGGCGACACCGUCAUAUACUUUUGAUCUCACAGUUGAGGAAUUGGCUCUUCUUCUUCUUUUUUUUUUUUUUUUUUUUUUAACUUUCAGGCGAUAUUAGCCUGCUUAGCUUCCCUUAGCUAAGCUAACUGAGAACAAGUUGCUAUAACGUUAGCUGCUAACGACACAGACUUGUAAUGCAGGCCAUUAAGUGUGUCGUAGUAGGGGACGGGGCUGUGGGUAAAACAUGUCUGCUCAUCAGCUACACAACCAAUGCCUUCCCUGGAGAGUACAUCCCCACAGUCUUUGACAACUACUCUGCAAAUGUGAUGGUCGAUGGAAAACCUGUGAACCUGGGGCUGUGGGACACGGCUGGACAGGAGGACUAUGACAGGCUCAGACCGCUGUCAUACCCACAGACGGAUGUUUUCCUGAUUUGCUUUUCACUCGUUAGUCCGGCCUCCUUUGAAAAUGUCCGUGCCAAGUGGUACCCAGAGGUGAGACAUCACUGCCCCAAUACCCCCAUCAUUCUGGUGGGUACCAAGCUGGACCUGAGAGACGACAAGGACACCAUCGAAAAACUGAAAGAGAAGAAACUCUCCCCCAUCAUCUACCCUCAAGGUCUGGCCAUGGCCAAAGAGAUAAGUGCAGUGAAGUAUUUGGAAUGCUCAGCUUUGACGCAGCGUGGCCUGAAGACGGUGUUCGAUGAAGCCAUCAGGGCGGUUCUCUGCCCCCCACCCAUUAAGAAGAGGAAGAGGAAGUGUUCAGUAUUGUAAUCACAAAUCAUUUCUGGGUGGGGGGGUCAGUUGCCAGUUGCAGUUGCCUACUGGGAAGGAAGUAUAAUGUGUAGGUUCCCCAAAUAUCCAUUUCCCCUCUUGUGUCCGUGCUUUUGACAGACGUCGUUUAGGCUGCAGUCUGAAAGGAUCAAACUGAUGUCGCUUACGUCCGUUUCAUCCGUUCAGGCGAGCAGGAAGGACAUAGAGGGAUUUUACACAAAUUAUAAGAAAAAAAGGCUGACAUUUACUCAGAUAUUGUGAAAAGUAUUACUUGAAUAUGAUUUUUUUUUUUUUUUUAUGAAGUUACCCUUGAAGCUCCACCACUACAUUUUCUCCCUGACACUACGAGAUUCCUUCUGCCUUGGUGACACUUUGCUUUAAGAAAAAUGUUUAUUUUAUUUUCACUGAAAGGUGUGUCUUCUCAGCUUUUCCAUCGCCAGCUGUUG